AGCGGCUGAGGGCGGUUUCCGCGGGCCGGGCUCGCCAUGGUGACGGCGCGGCUCCUGCCCGGGGCCCGCACCGCGCCGGGCACAGACACCGCUCCCGGGCUCCCGCACACCCACCCCGGGACCGCAGCGCCCCGGAGCCCCCCGGCCUGGCCGGGGCUGCGGGGGAGAAGCAGCCGGCGGCCCGGGAGCGCCCAGCGGGGUGAGCAGGCCGGGUGAAGCCAAUGGAGGAGGAAAAGGAAGAAGCUGUCAGUGAGGAGCAAGAUCACAUCCCUCCGGAAGAUGAGAGAAGCAGUACAGAGGAAUGUCUUCCAGAGGCCGAGGAAAAUGAGAAAGAAAGCAAGCAUGUAAUCAAAAAUAUCCCGUGGACCACAGCCAAGAACUUCACAGUGGAGAAAGGACAGCAGCAAAUUGAAGAACUAAUUUCUACAUGGGACAUUCACGAAAGCUGGCUUCACCACUCAGAAUUCCUCGAGGAAGAAGAACUGAAGGACAGCAAGAGGUACCAUUACAGAGCUUGCUGGGGCCUCCCAACACGCAGAAAACCUGUCCCACAAGCAACAGCAAGUGUCUACUUCGUUAUAGUGAUCUCCAAAUUCAAACCUGAUACUGCACCUGUGGAGGUCUUCUACAGACUGGAGUCCAGCAGGCUGAUUCGGAGGCCAGAACAGUGUGAGUUUAGAGAAAAGUGGCUUCAGGACAUAAUUGAAAAUAAAAUAAUGUGUGCACAACGACUUGCUUCCCGAUGAGCAGCUCCAAUUCACCAUUACCAGUCCUCUAUUGUAGAGAACCAAAUAAACAUAAUGAAAAUAAAAAAAAAAGCUCUUCCUUAGCAGCAUUUCUACUUUUGGAUAGACAAAAAGCAUUGAACCUGUGCAAAUUCAGCUAUGCCCUGCCCUGGCAGCU